UCCGUGACGCCCCCUGGUGUUCAGUAAAGAGAAACACCGUCAGCUGCAGAACAGGAUGACGUUUCAAACAUCAGGAAACGCCCACUUUAGUUUAUCGCACGUGUCAAUAAUGUUUGGUAUCAAGUGACCCCUUUGCGAGACGCGCGGAAGUCAAUUAACGGGAAUCUUUCUCCGGUGAGCAGAGUUUAGACUUUCAAGUAUCGCAGCUGAAGUUUGACGCAGAAUACAAGUCCCUUGUCUGUUUGAGGCCUCUGUGGUAAGAUGGAGUGGCGAGAACAGACCAGUGUGACCUGUGAAGACGCCUUCACUGAGGCUCAACGGUGGAUGGAGGAAGUGACAAAUAAAUCAUUCGGAAGCAACAACUUCCGCUCUGCUCUGGAGAAUGGAGUCCUGCUCUGCCAUCUAAUCAACCAGUUGAAACCAGGCCUUAUUAAGAGAGUGAACACGCUGUCUACUCCAAUGGCCGGACUGGACAAUGUGAAUGUGUUUCUGAGAGCGUGUGGUACACUCGGUCUACACGAGGCUCAGCUGUUUCAUCCUGGAGACCUGCAAGACCUGUCCACACGCGCUACACUCAGGUGUGCAGAGAGCAAAAGGAGGCUGAAAAACGUUCUAAUCACCAUCUACUGGCUGGGUCGGAAGGCCCAGGCGGAUCCCUUCUACUCUGGCCCUCAGCUCAACCUCAGAGCGUUCGAGGGACUACUGGGCAUCGCUCUGUCCAAGGCUCUAGAAGAAACCCCCAGAGGCAGUGUAACAGACAGGGACUACAGUGAUGUGAUCUACCCAGAGAGGGAUGAUGAGCUGCUGCCUCUAACCCGGUCCCAGACACCCGGCUACAGCAGAGAGGACUCCGUAGAGAGCUUUACCUCGGCCCUGAGCUUUGACUCGGCAGAGUCCCGUACCCUCAGCUGCAUCUCUGACUCCAUCCUGAGGGCCGGCAGUGAGGACUCCAGCAGUGACGUGGAGGCGGAGAACUCUUUUAGGAUGAAGGCGGCCGAAGGCAGAGAAUCGGGACUGAGGAACUGGGGCAACGUACCUGCACCCUUCCAGAGGAAGAAACAUGAGGAAAACCGAAUUAAGGGCUGCCUCCCGAGCCCCCUCACCAGAAACUUGGAGGUAAACCCAGGAUGGAUAUGGAGCAAAUCGUUGAAUGACAUCAGGCGGUUCCCGUCGCCUACGCAAGUAGUGCGCCAGGUUUCUGAGGGUGGCAUGGAGCUGAGCCCCGGCGCCGUGAGCCAAGACCAACUGCAGAUGGUCAGAGCCCGGGUCCACGAGAGUGAGGCCAAGUGGCACAACGACCUGACCAAGUGGAAGCUCCGGCGGCACAGGUCUAAUUGUGACCUGCGGAGGAAGAUGCAGGAGAGGGACAACAUCGUCCUGAUGGCCAACGCAGGGGUCAUUACAGUCGGGACAUUCAAGAGUCUGCAAGAGGACAGGGAAGAGGAUGAGGAGUCCCUAUGCAGCAAUGGCCACAAGGUCUCUCCGUCCACCUCGGUAAGUGAGGGUUCCCUGGAGCUCCGACCCCACACCAGAGCCCCCACCUCGGUAAGUGAGGGUUCCCUGGUGCUCCGACCCCACACCAGAGCUCCGCUGGCCCUCAGCUCCUCUGUGGAGUUAACCUACAGCCCCGGAGUGUCGGAACCCUUCACCGCCCCCAGCGUGACCCUCCAGGGACCCGGAGCCGUGCCCCAAUCAGAGCCCAUCGUCCUAGGGGGGAGGCGUCAUACACCUGUGGCGCCAGAGGGAGCUGGAGGAUUAGCCACUUUCCCCAACUCUACCUCUCUCAUCUCCUCCCAGAUCCAGGCCCAGACCAUCUCUAGCCCAGCUCUCUUCAUCUCCACUGGACGAGACCACAACGUCUCCUUGCUCUCAAACGGGAUCCCGACGACCCUCCCUGGAUCUAGCUCCAGUCUUACUACUGGUACCAGUUCUUCUCUAACUACCUCUGACCCGGUGAAUGGUACCGGCUCCCACAGCCCCUCUGCCUCCAUGGACAUCCCAGACCACGCCCUCCUCUCUACUGUAGAGUCCCUGACCUCGGUGGGAGCCCCGGGCUAUGUCUCAGCUCCCCAGCAGCAGGAGCUUCCCCUCUACAGGUACAGCUCCAGGGCUCCGGGAGGAAGAGGAAGGGCAUCUGCCUCUCUCCCCAGGGGAUACCGCCGGUCUGAGGGCUCUUCGUCCUGCCUCUCUGCCGGCUUCACCCCCCGGCCGUUUGGAGCCAAGUCCUCCAGAGGGUCCUCGCUACCCAGGUUCUACAAUUUGGAGAAGACUGCUUCCACACGCCCCCAGAAAAUGGUCACUAUCUCAGAGGUCGCUGUCAGGGCUCAGCCCUGGGCCACAGCCAAUCGGAGCAGUGUGAACCAGGAAGUAGAGGAGGGUGGGAGUCAGACCCAGCCCUCCAUCCUGAAGACCAGAGGGGUUCCUGGACCUGCCACCCACCCCAAACCCUUACCCCCUUCUCUCCUGCCCAGCAUCCCUGUCUCAGUCAGACAGAAUGGCUCUGCACAGGUACGUCACAGUGACCGAGUGAGUCUUACCUUGAAGAUUAACAGUCGACCACACUUUGGUUUCAACACUCACUGGGACUCGACAGGAGCAAGAGUCGGAGGCAUCCAACCAGGUAGUCCUGCAGAGUUGUGCCAGCUCCGUGCAGGUGAUGAGAUAGUGUCUGUUGGUGGGCACAGGGUGGCAGAGAUGAGCCACAACCAGUGGAAGGGCAUGAUGACCUCUGCCCUGCAGAAAGGCAGUCUCACCAUGGAUGUACAGCGCUAUGGUAACAACGGUCCAACUGAUACCAGCGGAGAUGCAACGAUGGUGAAACUGGCCCAGAUCAACGGACAAGAGGGGGUGACCUCUAAGAGCAGGAAGGGAGGUUUUCAGGACGAUCCUCUGACUGGCCGAAGUAAAGGAGGAUCGGCGUCGGCGAUAUCUGAUCUCCAGGUGCCGUCCCUCAGCACCUCCCCCUCCAGUUGGUCCUGGGACCCUGAGGAAGAGAGGAGGAGGCAGGAGAAGUGGCAGGAGGAGCAGGAGCGCCUGCUACAGGAGAAGUACCGUCAGGACCAAGAGAGACUGGAUGCUGAGUGGCAACAGGCCCAGGACGAGGCAGGGGUGGAGGGAUACAGGCAGGCUGAGGUGACCCCUGAUCCUCUACCGUCCAGAUGCAUCGUGGGAUAUGUAGUCCCUUGUGUCAAAUCAUCCACACCGAACAUGGAAAGCUCAGGAGAGAUGACCAAUGGGAUCACUGGCCUUGCCAGUCCUCAGCCAGCCUUGAGCCAGCCCAUGCCCCCUGUUGCCCAUGUGGCAUCCAAUCAAAAGGAAGUUGUUUUUGACGGGAGAAGGGAGGAGCCUCAUCCUCAAGAAGGGAGGGACCUGGAAGAGGAGACUGUGGCAGAAGGAGAUAAUUGGUCUGGGGACUCCUAUGGUUUCACCCAACUAUCUAUAGCUGACAGGAUGAAAUCCAAGUCCUCCCCAUCGUUGGAGGGUUUCCACAGACAGGAGGUGAAAGGUCAGACUCUGCUGUUGACUGUCCCUCUGGUUAAUGAGUGGGGUCCCCAGGGAGACAGGGGCGCUACCAGGGAGGUCGCUAGGAGGAAGCCUCCUCAGAGCAUGUCGUUAGUAGAGGCUGAGAGGCAACAGAUCCUGGACGAGAUGAGGAAGAGGACCGCUCUGCUGACCGACAACAGCUGGAUACGACAACGCUCCACCUCUGACAACAAACAACCAACUAACCGGCGAGGGCCAAUGAGGAGGUACGACUCUCUGGACAACCUUCUCUCUUCCACCACACUGCUCUCUAACCCCCAACGCCCCCACUCCUCCCUGGGUUUCGCCGCCCCGUACCGCCCCCCCUCCUCCCGGCACAGCAUGAGUGUGGCCCUGGGGGGUUACUCCAACGGGACUCAGAAGCACAGCCCUACCUGGCCCCGCCCCUUCAGCACAUCUUCCCCCCCGCCCAACACCGGAGAGGAACCCGCCACCGGCGAAUCACGACCCGUCUCACAGCAGCACCACCGAGUGCUGACUUCUCGUCAGGUGUGUUCAGUGUGUGUGUGUCCUAUGGGCAGAGGGGCUGCCAUGGUCAUUGAGACCCUGAACCUCUGCUUCCACCUGGCCUGUUUUCAGUUGAUUCUCCUGAUUCAGUCCAUCUUCUCCUCUCCCUCAGUGUGUGGACUGCAGGUGCCGACUUGGAGGGUCAGAGGUCAGAGCCCAGAUCAGAAUCAGCAACGGGAAGCCUUACUGUGACCCCUGCUACAUCCGACUCAAGUCACACCUUGCCACUUCCCUGUGACCAGAAUGCAUUGCAGCAGAUUGAGGAAGAGACGACAACAACCUCAAACACGACGGUGGAGAUCUUGACUAUGACCUCGUGUUGACCAUGUAUUUAGAGCUGGUUGACCUUUCUUUUAGGGAACAAUGUACCGAUUUAUACUAUUGGCUGUGACUCAAAUGGCUUCCUAUUCCCUACAUAGUGCACUACUACCCAUAGGGCUCUGGUCAAAAGUAGUGCACUAUGUAGGGAAUAGGUGGCCUUUUGGGACAUGUCUCAAAGAUUCAGUGUUGGUCUUCCUAGUUAAUUAACUACUGUACUUCUCCACAUACCCUAUGUCUCUGACUUAGAUGCAGUUUUGGGGUUCCUAGUUAAUUAACCACUGUACAUCUCCACAUACCCUAUGUCUCUGACUAAGAUGCAGUUUUGGUGUUCCUAGUUAAUUAACUACUGUACAUGUCCGUAGCUUUUAAUAUGCAAUCGAUGGCUAUCCACCACAAUAGCUGGACACGUGUAGUUAAAUAGGGAGUUUUAAAUCACAGUUGGACUUGGGAUUUGUUUUUUCUUGUUUCUAAUAAAUGAAUCUAAUAAAUGUGAGUGUUGUAUUGGAGAUACUUCUCUCUUUGUUUUUUUUCUUUGUCGACAAAUUUCUACCUUAAAAAAUAGUUCGGUUUGUUGAAAUAUGUUAAGAUUUAUUUUUGUAUUUUCAUUUUUUGAGAUGUCUAAAAUAUUAGUAGCUCAAACAAGUGCUAGAAAAAGGGACUUCUCACAUGUUGAUGGAAACUCUGUGGUUGGUGGACUCUGGAAGCAGGGAGGCUUGUUGUAUGACUCACUGAUGUAUAAAGGGGCCUCGUUUAAAAGGAAUUUACCCUCAACUGUUUAAUGUUUGUAAAUAAAAAGGACCAGGUGUUGAGCA